AUGACAUCGUCCAGGCGCCCCGCCAGGGCCGUAUCGCCUUCGAAAAGCUUCUAUGCGUUGAGCGACGACGAAGAGGGAGAAUACAAUACAAUUACGCAUACGACUACUGGCAGAGGAGUUAAGCUGCUAUAUUCCAAGAGCAAGGUCUACAUCCACCCAACUCCCUCUGCGAAAGACAAUAUACCAGGCUACAUCGCCCUCCUGCAACAGAAACCUCCUCCUGAUUCCCGCCCUACAUCCUCCUCCUCUACAUCCGCGCGCUCGAAGACCGCCGCCUCCCUCCUCCUCGCCUGGCUUCCGGAACACUCUCUCGGAGAUGCCCUCGAUACAUAUGUCAAAGUCGACCUCUCGGAAGGCGACUCACCUCCAAAGCAAUCAUACCUCGUUCCUCCCCCUCCCACCACGACUACACAUUCUAGCUCCAUUGGGCACUACGCCUUCGCGAUCCCGGUGUCUGCCAUCUACAGCUUGCUUGUGAGGCCGCCCAGUCUGGGCUGGUGGUUUGGCAGCGUGAUCAUCAAUUCCCGCGCCGGAGACUCCUUCCCCGCCCUCUUCUUCCACGACUCAGAAUGCCAGUCCACAAUCCUACAAAAGAAGCGCCAUGCCCGCGAGAACUUCGACCCGUUCGGCGCGAACGGCGAGAUGUUUUGGGGCGGGGAUGAAGUGUUAAGAUGGUUGAGACGAUACGUGGUUAUUGAGAGGAGUGGUGCGGAGCCGAAUAUAUAUCUGGUCGAGCCGAGUACGGAGGAUAAGGAGGCAUUUGGCGGGAAGCCCGUUACGGCUGCGGUGGUGAGGAGGCCGAGUAGUAGUGGGAUGACGAUCGGUGGUGCUGCUGGUGCUGCUGGUGCUGCAUCUGGUUCAGGCUCAAGGAUGCCGCGAGAUGCGGGCAUGGACCCUGUGACGAAGUUCGUCAAAGAGGCAGGGUGGAAUUUGAUGGAGAAGUUUAGCAAGGUUACGACGUUUACACGCAGGACCGCGGACUCGGUCAUUGAUAAUCCGAAGAUUCCGCCGCAGGUGAGGAGGUUGCUCAGGAAUCCGGAGGUCCAGACGCUGCAGGAAGAGUUUGAUAGCGCGAGGAUUUAUCUGGCGAGGUGGGCGAUGGGGAUUGCGGAGCAGAGUGAACGGGACCGCAAUCAGAGGAUUUGGACGGCGAGGGAUGUGCUGGAGAUGGAGGAGACGGAUGUGGGGGAGUUUGAGCUGCUGGAUACGGAGAUGGGGAGUUUGAGUUUGAAGGAGUUGAGAAAGACCGUUACGCUAAUGGAGUGGAAUGGCUUUUUUGAUCAGAGGACGGGCCGGCUACAAGUUACUGUCGACGAGGUCAAGGAAAGGAUCUUCCAUGGUGGACUUGAUGCUGAAGAUGGAGUGAGGAAAGAGGCUUGGCUAUUCCUCCUCGGUGUCUAUGACUGGGAGUCGUCAACCGAUGAACGGAAAGCUGAGGUCGCCAGACUUCGAGACGAGUACGUGAAGUUAAAGGGAGCAUGGUGGGACCGCCUCGUUGAUCUCGGCGGCGAAGGAGAGGAAGGCGAAUGGUGGCGCGAGCAAAAAGGCCGAAUAGAGAAAGACGUCCACAGAACAGACCGUACAAUUCCUCUCUUCGCAGGCGAAGACACACCUCACCCGGACCCCUCAUCUCCUUUCGCAGAUGUAGGCACGAAUGUCCAUCUCGAGCAGAUGAAAGACAUGCUGCUCACCUACAACGAAUAUAACCGCGACCUCGGCUACGUACAAGGGAUGUCUGACCUCCUGGCUCCUAUCUACGCUGUCAUGCAAGACGACGCCGUUGCCUUCUGGGGCUUCCAGCACUUCAUGGAUCGUAUGGAACGCAAUUUCCUGCGUGAUCAGAGUGGCAUGAGGAAACAACUCCUCACGUUAGAUCAUUUAGUUCAACUCAUGGACCCGAAACUAUACAUGCAUCUCCAGUCCGCGGAUUCCACGAACUUCUUUUUCUUUUUUAGGAUGUUGCUCGUCUGGUAUAAACGCGAGUUCCAAUGGUUGGACGUAUUGCAUUUAUGGGAGGUGUUGUGGACGGACUACCUAACUUCUGGUUUCCACCUCUUUGUUGCACUCGCUAUCCUGGAUAAACAUAGGGAUGUGAUUAUGGAGCAUUUGAAGCAUUUUGAUGAGGUGUUGAAAUAUGUCAACGAAUUAUCAACGACAAUCGAUCUAGAAUCCACGCUCAUCCGAGCAGAAGCUCUGUUCCGCCGCUUCCAGAGAACCGUCGAGGCUAUCGAUAAAAAGUCCAACUUUCCUGCUCCGAAGCUGCGUCAAAGACCGAACAGGAUUUCUUCCUCAGAGAGCGCAGCUAGCGCUGGAUCUACUGCAGGUGCGAGCGCGAAUACCAGCGCCAUCGAUGCCGUAACGGCAGGCAGCACGAACAGCGGCGGCGGCAGACCUGGUAGCGCAGGCAAAGAUAAAGGGAGGAGAGUUAGUGGGGAGCUGGAGGAUGUCAGACCUAAAGUUAUUUCUUCGGAGCUGAGAGGGUUGUUGAGUAGGAAAGUCGAGGUGUUACCGCGCAAGGUGGUGAGGAAGACCGGCGAGGGCUUGAGUAGUUUGGGGGAGGGGAAAGGGAAGGAUAAGAAAUAG